UGAAGCAAUGCUGUCUGUUGCUUGGCACGGUUGCAUUGUGCCCUUUCAACCGAGUGAUAUCUAUCGUUUAAAUACAAGUUUGGAAGCAAAAAAAACUCAGCCCGCUCUUAAGCAGCUUUGCUAUUAGAAAGGAGAUCGUGAGUAACUGUUUCGGAUUGAAAGUAGGCAAUUGUUUGGUCUGAAUGAGGUGGGAGUAAAUGUGGGUUUAAAAUGAGCCACUAAACUGAAGCAGAAAAACAACAACAAUAACUAUCAAAGUCAAUGAAUGACCUGAUUUUGACUUUUACUCCUAAGUUAGAUAAGACCAAACAAAUAUAGGUAGUCAAUUGGACUCCUCACUCGCUUUGAGUGCUUUCUCUGCGAUCAAUCAAGGCAUCAUGCUCCUGUUGACAGCUUUAUUGAAUUGGAUGUCAAUCUAUUGCGUGGGAUUGUGUCAAGCCUCCAACUUAUACCCCAAGGACUCAAGUGUCAGGCAGACGAAAUCUCUCGAUGGCAUCUGGAAUUUCCUCUCCCAAUCGAGUUUGGACCCUGAAGAGGGAUUCCGGAACAAGUGGUUUGAAUCCCCACUGCUUCAAAGUUCUGAAGGUGAGCGAGUGAUGGACAUGCCGGUUCCAUCAAGCUUCAAUGAUAUUACCACUCUGGAAAGCCUUCGAGACUUUGUGGGAUGGGUCUGGUACGACCGAGAAUUCUAUAUCCCUUCCCAUUGGAAUGACGCGAGAGUGUUCCUUCACUUUGGCAGUGCUCAUUACACAUCAAAGGUAUGGAUCAAUGGCCAUUGGUCCAGGAACCAUUCAGGAGGUCAUCUUCCAUUCGAAUCGGACAUCACUCAAUUGCUGCAUAGAGGACGGUCCAAUCGAGUGACGGUGGCUUUAAAUAAUACCUUGGGUGCUGAGACCAUACCCCAAGGGAAGUGGAAAUGGUUCCACGAUGAUCCCAUCUAUCCAGCCGGGUAUUUUGAAAUGCAAUAUUCUUUUGACUUCUUCAACUAUGGAGGGAUCCAUCGACCGGUGACGCUCUACACCGUUCCAAAAUCGAUCCACAUACAGGAUAUCAAGGUCGUAACAACUUUCGUGGCGAAGGACUUUUUGAGAGCCAAUAUCACGUACGAGGUCAUUCUCAGCUCGGAAGGGUCUUGCUCAGUUGAUUUGUUGGACAAACAUGGGAAUCAAGUGGCAUGUUCCACCAAUUGCAGUGGAAUCCUGUCAGUGGUCCAACCUCAUUUAUGGUGGCCUUACUUGAUGAGCGAAGAAUAUGGCUAUUUAUACACACUAAAGGUGUCGGCUAGAGACUCCCAAACGAGGGAUGAAUACCUCCAGAGCACGGGGAUUCGCUUCUUGUCGUGGGACAAUACAACUUUCAAGAUCAACCACACACCCUUUUAUUUCCGAGGAUUUGGCAGGCACGAGGAUUCCAACUUCAGAGGGAAAGGGUUGGACUUGCCCCUGGCGACUAAGGAUUACAACUUGAUCCGAUGGACCGGGGCCAACUCUUACCGGACUAGUCACUACCCGUAUGCAGAAGAGCUCAUGGAUUUCGCCGACCGAAAUGGUAUCGUCAUCAUUGAUGAAUGCCCCGGGGUCAAUUUGGAAGGCUUCAAACCGGUAUUACUCGAGAAUCAUCUCCGUGUUAUGGAGAGUUUGAUCGCCAGGGACAAGAACCAUCCCUCUGUUGUGAUGUGGUCCUUGGGCAACGAGCCAAGAUCCAACGUCCCAGAGGCAAAGGGGUAUUUUCAAACCGUGGCCGACCAUGUCCGAUCCCUAGAUACGAGCAGACCCACCAUUUUGGUGAUGAGCUACCCUGUAGAGGACGAGCAAGGGGGCUACGCUGUCGAUAUAUUGGGCUUGAAUCGAUACUACGGGUGGUACUCACAGACCGGCCAAUUGAAGCUCAUUGCCAAUGGAACAAUGAAUGAAAUCAGGAAGUGGAACAAAAAGUUCGGCAAACCUCUGAUCCUGACUGAGUACGGUGGGGACACAAUCAGCGGGUUCCACGAAGUUCCGUCAACGAUUUUCACCGAGGAAUAUCAAGUGGAACUAAUGAAGGAGAACUUCCUGGCCUUCGAUCGACUGCGGGACGAGGGGAUUCUGAUUGGCGAGAUGAUUUGGAACUAUGCUGAUUUCAUGACCAAACAGGACUAUGUGCGGGCUUGGGGCAACCGCAAGGGGAUCUUUACUCGAGACAGGCAUCCCAAAAUGUCGGCUCAUGUCUUGAGGGAACGCUAUUGGAACAUGACGGAUGGGUUAAUUGUGCGCGUCAACUCACCGAUCCGUGAGAACACCUAAAAGUACUCGACGAAAUUCUGCACGCGUGUCCUCGUAUUCUGGCGGCAUGUGGGGCAUGAGAUCCAUCACCAACCUCCAGAUGACGUAAUUAUGUAUGAUGCUGGAACGAAAAAAUGCUUUCAGUUGGGACCGAAAAGAUGAAAAACUUUCAUGGAAAAUACUUACUUUGUUUCCGUUUCUCGGAGCAGAUCGCCAAGGUCUUUGAAAUAGGGCAUGGAGUAGCAGACCACUUUCUCGGACCCAUUGAAGGGUAGAUCGGUGAGCACUUCUUGAAAGUACAUGUUCCAAUCAAGACUGGGAACCUCGGUGGCCAGCUCAUUCAAGGACAAUUGUCGGUAUAUGGAGCCCGUAUCCAACCGAUCCUCUUCGGGAAUCGAGAUCUGAUCAAAAGAGAGAGGAUGAAGAUGCUCUGUUCUUAGUCAAACAAGAUCAAAGUUUCGGGCUCACAUUAGCCAAGAGCUGCUCAAAUUCGACCACUUUCCAAAGUUGGUCGUGGGCAAUGGUUUCAUUGGCCCCCAUCAGAAUGGCCACAUCCGUCAUGUAUUGAUGAUAGGCUGCCAAAUCCCGGUAUGAAUCCAAAUGCAAAAAGUAGUCUCGGCUGGGCAAACCCAAUUGCAUUUGGUCAAUCUAGACAUGGGCAAUGAGAAAAACAGAGAGCCCGCAUUAUGCAAAGGCCAUAUUUGGUUUCAGUGACAUUUUCUAACCACGUAAAGAAUGGCAUGGCUUGACAAAACGCUCAGGCUUUUUGGGUCUUUUUCAUUUGAAUACUUGGGAUUAUGUUUUAUCCACCAGGAAUGUGCGGUGCGUUGUGUUAUUAGAGAAAUUUUGUAAAAAAAAAAAACACCAAUUAUAAACCUUGUAAGGGUGCGGGUUCCAAGUGACAAAAUGGUUCCCCGAAAUUUCUUUCAUAUUAUAUUUGCAUGCCCAUAGCACCUGCUGCUAAUCAUGUUAUUCCUCUUUCCAUUUCAAUUACGAGCUUAUUAACAAUCCUACGACUGUACAAGAUCGACGGUAUACGUAUAUCUGCCCAAAAAAGCAAUUUUCAAAAAGUAAAUCGAAUCGGUAAUCGAGAAGAAAAAAGUGCAACGGAUUUAAAGGUACCUGAAUGAUGUGUUGCUUGGAGUUUCGAUCAUCGGGCCCAAUCCAUUCCUCAAUGAGAACCCCGAGGGUGAAGUUCCGCUUGAGUAUCCCCAACAUCUUUUCCAAGGGCAGCGUAUCAUCCUCGGACCAAUUCGGAUCAGUUACUGGCCAUCCGCCUAAUUCCUCGAUAACCCGUCUCAAGGGAGCAUCCCCGACAUCCGAUAUGGCCCCUAUGGAAAGUGUACAAAAAUGAAAAAAGAAACAGGACUGGAAACCCAAAGUCCUACUUGGAGCUCACCCAUGUCCAUACAGGAUUGAUAAAAGUACUUGGCUUUUGUGGUGGCCUCAUUGUCUAAGUCGUUGGGCACUUCCUCCAGAAUCCCUGGAAUCCAGAAGAGCUCGUUAGUUUUCAACAUUCGAUUCACAUUCAAUUUUGAUGAGAUUGUGAAUGAGGCGCAAUUCAAUCGUUCAAUUGACAGAUUUGUGGAGGGUCAAGACGCAGCAAUAAUCAUGUGGGGCCAUUGGGAGGAUUUUCCUGAUUCUCGCCAAGAAGUGUGCUUCAAGACUUCUUCUUGUCGUCUUUGGCCAGUGUUGAGAAUUUGAGAAUUGAGAUUUUGUCUUUGUCUUUGUCUUUGACACCCCAUCAAUCAGUCUUGACUUGGUCCGUGAAGAAGCGAAAAAAUAAAUGACCUUUAGACUA